AUGCCAUCACAAGCUCAUCAAGAUUCUUCAAUUCCUGAAGAUUGGUUUGAUCCAAUUCCAGUCGAAGAUUACUACAAAAUCAAUCAGAAUUCUCGAAACAAUGUCCCCAAAGAAGCUCCUUUUGGUGAAAACUUAGCAGGUUUGGAUAUUUCUUGUGGUCCAAUUUUAAGAUUAUUAGGUACUUGGGAAAAUGGUGAACCUAGUUACAGAGGUACCAUCUUAGUUGUUGUUAAAAAUAUUGAAAGAGGUGAACAUCCAACAAUUUCUUAUACAAUUGGUCCAAGUGAUGAAAAAUCUCAUGGUGGAGAAUUUCAAAAAGGAGAAUUCCCAGUUGUUAAAUUCUUUGAAGAAGAUGGUUAUUCAUUCUUUAGAUAUACUAUCAAUUUAACUAUGGUUGAUUAUGAACAAAAAGUUCAAUAUUAUAUUAAUGGUCAUUAUAAACCAAAUUUCCAAUUUUUCAUUCCUAGUGUGACUCAAUCAAUGAAUGUCAUUUCUUAUUCUUGUAAUGGCUUUUCAUUGGGUUCAGAUGCUAAAGAAUAUAAAUCUUCCCUUUGGUUAGAUGUUUUAAAUAAACAUAGCAAACAACAUUAUCAUGUCAUGUUGGGAGGUGGGGAUCAAAUUUAUUGUGAUGCUAUUAAAUUACAUUCAGAAAGAUUGAAAGAAUGGACAGAAUUGAAUUCUUUAAAGAAAAGACACAUGGAAGCUGAUGAAGUUAUUAUUGAAGAAUUUAAGAAUUUCUAUUUGAACCAUUAUUUGGGUUGGUUUGGUAAAGGUUAUUGGAAAGGUACCAAUUCAUCUGCUUUAGAAUCCUUAUUUCCAUUAACCGCUUCCCAAAUUCCUUGUGUUAAUAUCUACGAUGAUCAUGAUAUCAUUGAUGGGUUUGGUUCUUAUCAUGAUUCUACUAUGGCUUCUCCAAUUUUUUCAUCAGUUGGUAAUGUAGCUUAUAAGUAUUAUAUGCUUUUCCAACAUCACACUGAUCCAGAAGAGAAAAUUCAUGAACUGGAUCCAUCUUGGGUAUUGGGAUCCAAAAAGGGACCAUUUAUUAAACAAAAAAACCACUCAGUAUUUAUGAGAUUAGGUAAAGAAAUUUCAUUAUUAGGAUUGGAUUGUCGUACUGAAAGAAAAUUAAAACAAAUUGUUGAUCCUUCAACUUAUAAGAACAUUUUUGAUCGAUUAAAUAAUGAAAUCGCCCAAACUCCAGAUACUAAACAUUUAUUAGUUAUGUUGGGAGUUCCAAUUUUUUAUCCACGUUUAGUUUGGUUGGAAUGGAUUUUAACUUCUCGAGCAUUAGUUCCAGUUCGUAAAUUGGCUCAAAAGGGGGUUAUUAGUAAAGGUUUAGUUAAUGAAUUUGAUGGAGAUGUUGAAGUUUUAGAUGAUUUGAAUGAUCAUUGGUGUUCUAAUCAUCAUAAAGCUGAACGUAAUAGAUUAAUUAAACAACUUAUGGAAUUUGGAGCCUCAAAAGGAGUUAGAAUAACUAUUUUAUCUGGUGAUGUUCAUUUAGGUUGUUUUGGACGUAUGAAAUCAAAAUUCCAUAAGCAUCCAAAUGCUCAUUAUUAUUUAGAAGGCCAGGAUACUCAAGAAUUAAAUAAGGAUGUUUGUGAAACUCCUGAAUUUGAUCCUCGUUUAAUAUUUAAUGUCAUUAGUUCUGCAAUUGUCAAUGCUCCUCCACCUGAUGCCAUGGCUGGAUUAUUAAAUAAAAGAAGUAGUAUUCAUCAUUUCAAUAGAGAUACUGAUGAAGAUAUGGUUCCAAUUUUUAUUAAAGAUGUUGAUGGUUCAAGUCGUGACAAUAAACAAUUCUUAAAUAAAAGAAAUUGGAGUGAUUUAGUUAUUGGUAAACAAUCUAUUCUUUAUCAAGAUUCAAUUAAUCAAGAUGAUCCAUUCAGAAAAUUCCCACAACCUAUUUUUAAACAAGGCGAAGAUUUAAUGGAUGGUAAAAAAUCUGAUUCUAGAAAUGUUAAAUAUCCAUUAUUUGGUGAGUCUUUGGUUACUAAUAUAAGAUUUGAACAAGAUAAAGAAGAUUAUAAAAGUCCUAGUAUAAGUUAUGAAGUGUUCAUUCCUCCAUUAAUAGGUAAAUAUACUUUAGGUCCAGCUCCAGUUAAACAUGUUGAUGUUUGA